CGUGAAAUCUAUAUUUAAUAGUCGUUUUCAUUAAGUUUUAUAAAAAUUUCUUAUCGUUCAUUAAAAAUAUUUCUAUAAUAAAAUAAUAUAAAACUAGUGUUUUCAAAACAGCGACAAAAUACAAAAACAAAAGAAUCAUUUAUUAAAUAAUAUAGCCUUAUAUUCAUUUUUUAUUAUUAAACUUAGAAUUAAACUUUUAAUUCUACUUAAAUAUAUGAAUUUAAAAAUAAUUUUUAUGUAAAUAUUUAUUUUAUGAUAAAAAGUGUAGAAAUUAAGAACAAACUUUUAUAACAUAUAUACAGUGUAAUUGUCAUUUUUACGAUAUAACAAUUUAUAUUCACAUUUUGAGAUGGAACUCACUACAGUGUAGUUACUACCAUUUGAAAUUAUUCGAACCAAUACUACAGUAGUAUUUUAUAUUUAACGCUAAAUCUUUAUAAGGCAAUAUAAUUAAUUACAAUUUAUUACGCAAUUUUAAACUAAAUAUAUUAAUUUCAUUAUUGGAAUUAUUAUUAAUUAUAUUUUGAUAUAAUGGCAAAUAAUGAGGAUAAUAAAAGUGAAGGUUCAGCUGAAAUUGAAGGUGAAAAUGAAAAUGAAGAGAAUGAGGAAACAGAAAAGAUUCUUAUCAUAGAUCCUGAUAGUGAAGAAUUAGAUUUCAAUCAUUCAAGAUUAACAAAAUUAGAAAACUUAGAACCAUUGAGAAAAAUACGUAGAUUAUGUUUUACAUGGAAUCUGAUAAAGAAAAUUGAGAAUCUUGAUACACUUACGACUUUGGUUGAGUUAGAGUUAAGAGAUAAUCAGAUUGUUAUUAUAGAAAACUUAGAUGUUCUUGUAAAUUUGGAACUUUUAGAUUUAUCUUUUAAUCGUAUCAAGAAAAUAGAAGGAUUGGAGAAUUUAUUGAAUUUACAAAAAUUGUUUCUAUCAUCAAAUAAGAUUCAAUGUAUUGAAAAUUUAUCACAUUUAAAAAAUCUUAUAACUCUUGAAUUGGGUGACAAUAAAAUAAGAGAAAUAAUUAAUCUUGAAGGACUUGAAAAUCUAACAAAUUUAUUUCUUGGUAAAAAUAAAAUAACAAAAAUUAAAAACUUGGAAUAUUUACAAAAUCUUCAAUUAUUAAGUCUUCAAAGUAAUCGUAUUACAAAAAUAGAAAAUUUAGAAGAAUUGAAGAAUUUAGAUCAAAUAUAUUUAUCUGAAAAUGGUAUAUCAUGUAUUGAAGGAUUAUCAAAUUGUUCAAAAUUAACAACUUUUGAUUUAGCAAAUAAUAAAAUAAAAAAAAUUGAAAAUAUUGAACAUCUUGAAGAUUUAGAAGAAUUUUGGAUAAACAACAAUGAAAUUGAGGAAUGGACAACUAUAGAGAAUUUAGCUCUUAAUAAGAAAUUACAGACUGUAUAUUUAGAGCAUAAUCCUAUUGCCAAAGAUCCAAACUACAGAAGAAAAAUCAAAUUAUUGCUGCCAUGGCUUGUUCAAUUAGAUGCAACACUUUGCAGAUAGAAAAUACUAUUUUGCAAAAUAGAUGUCUUUGAUAAAAAUUCUUUGAUCUAUAUCUACUGAUAUUGUUGCUUAUUUCUUUUUAUUGCUUUUAAAAGAUUAUUUUUAGCAAAUAAAUCAAAAAUAUCUAUACUCUUAUUAGCAAAAGGUAAAAAUAAUUAUAAUUUUUUUAACUAUGAAAUGUAUUUUUUUAUAUUUUACAUUUUGUUAAUAAUCUAAUUAAUGUUGUUGUUAAAGGACUGAAAUUUGUUACUAUUUUGAAUAAUUAGAAACAUAAGUUUUUUUAACAAAAAAUAAUAUAAAUGCUUAAAGGUUCAAUAGUUCAAUAUUUUUUAUAAUUUUAAAUUCAAGAAUAAUGUGAUUUAUUAUGAUUAAGUACUAUUUUUCAUUUUAUUCAAUUAAAUACAUCCGCAUUAAUUUUUUUAAUUUUUAAUGUUUUGAAGAUAUGUUAUGAAUGUCUUUAAAGAUGUUUUAAAGAUACUGAAAGGAGGCAAAGGGAAACUUUACAUAAUAUAAAAUAAUUUUAUAAUUAAAAAAAAAUUUAAGUAAAAGAUAUUCAAUACAUAUUUAUGAAAAUAUUAAAAAUAGGAAAAAUCAUUAAAUAUUAAUUUAAUAUUAUAUAUAAAACCAUAAAAACAUUAUUUUUAAAUUAAUUGUUUUAAUCUUUGUUUAUAAUAUUCAUAACAAAAUAUUCAAUGUAUUUAUUUCAUUUUUCAAUAUAAAAAUCAUAACUCCUGUAUUUACAUAUGUGUAAACUUAUUUGUAAUUGACUUUAUAAACAUUUUCAUUAAAUUAAAUAAUAUUACAAUAAUUUUAUAUUUACUUAUGAUAUGUAUAUGUCAAAUAUAUUGAAAUUAUAUAAGUAUGUAAAUGUUAA